AUGCUUAAAAUUUUAAAUAAUUUUAUUUUUAACAAAAUUGGAGGAAAUAAUUUUGUGUGGAAACGUUUAUAUUUGACUAAACAAAAUGUUUCUGGAGGUAAACGAAAUUUUGAGUUAAAAUUAGAAGAACUUAAAAAUUGUGUUAAUUCAAUUCCUUUGGCAGAAGGCUUUGAUUUAAGUUUGGUUUUAAAAAAUUUUUCUUUAAUUAAUUUUUAUUUUUUAACAGAUAAUUUACAAAAUAAUGAAUUGAUUACUAAACAAUUUAAUUUGAAUAGAAUUUCACGUAAAUAA